AUGGCGGCGCGGGGCCCCGGCCGCGUCUCCGUGCUGCUGCCCACCUACAACGAGCGCGACAACCUGCCCCUCGUCGUGUGGCUGCUGGCGCGCACCUUCACCGACAGUGGCAUCGAUUUUGAAAUUAUCAUCAUAGAUGAUGGGAGCCCGGAUGGGACGCAGGAAGUUGCUCAGCAACUGGAAAAAAUAUAUGGAUCAGAUAAAAUACUUCUGAGACCCCGAGCAAGGAAGUUGGGCCUGGGCACUGCUUAUAUUCAUGGGAUGAAGUAUGCCACUGGGAAUUUCAUCGUUAUUAUGGAUGCUGACCUCUCCCACCAUCCGAAAUUCAUCCCAGAGUUUAUCAGAAAGCAGAAAGAAGGCAAUUUUGAUAUUGUAUCUGGAACAAGAUAUAAAGGAAAUGGAGGAGUCUAUGGCUGGGAUUUGAAAAGAAAGUUAAUCAGUCGUGGAGCCAAUUUUCUGACUCAGGUCUUGCUGAGACCAGGGGCAUCAGAUCUAACAGGGAGUUUCAGGUUGUACAGAAAAGAAGUCUUAGAGAAACUGAUGGAGAAGUGUGUUUCUAAAGGCUACGUGUUCCAGAUGGAGAUGAUUGUCCGGGCCAGGCAGUUGGGAUUCACCAUUGGAGAGGUUCCCAUCUCGUUCGUGGACCGUGUGUACGGAGAAUCCAAACUGGGAGGCAAUGAAAUUGUUUCCUUCCUAAAGGGGCUCUUGACCUUGUUUGCUACAACCUGAGAGCUCAGCCUAAAGUAAUUUUUCUAGACAAACAUUUUCUGAUGUCUGUGUAGAUUUAAUCAUAUAGUAGCAAAAGCUUGAUGAUUUGUGUGGUGGCCAGAAGACCUGCUAUGACCUAACAAUUAAACAACCAUCAACAAUAAAUCAAACGUUCUGCUGCCCAGAAUGCUCCUUCCAACAGAAAUGGACUGUAUGUUAAACUAAAAAUUAAUAAAGGCUAAUGCUUUUCUAUUUUUGUAAAAAUAAUUGUCUUAAUGAAGAACACAAAGCUAAAUGAUCUUUUGCAUUUGGAAAUGAAUCAUUAUUCAGCAGAAGCUAAGGAUAAUUUUGAAAUAAAGAUAAGCAAGGACU